CUCCAGCAGCCUCCCGAGAUGUCUGAAUCAAACCAAGCCCACCACAAUGAUGGAAUCUAUCACGCACCGGAUGUCGAGGUCGAGCCGUUUCCAACUCUGGCCAACUCGACAAUGGGGGGUAUCACAGCCCCCAUCCACCCCCCACACAGAUUCAACGACGAAACGUUGAUGUAUGUUGCCGUGCGUGUCGGCAUGGGGUCGAGAGGCUCGAAAGAAAGAAAACAUCUAGAUUAAAAUCCUUCGCCAAAGCACUAAAACGAGGCACUAACCCCUCCAACUCAUCAGAAGACAUCCGUGUAAUCCGGAUGCCUCGUAGUGCCUACAUCAAAUACUUCGCCCGCAAUGAAGUCGACGAGUAUGUCGGCACCGAGCCGGAGCGAUCUUGGGGUGACGAGGAUCUAGAGGAGGCGUUUGGGAGAUAUCGAGAUUUCAGGCCGACGAGAUGGGUGAUGAAGAGUGAGGAUGGAGGGAGCAGGGGGGGGCCGGCGCUGGUGCCUGGGAAGGAGGUGUUCGUUGCUGCGGAAGCGAGUGGAAGGGGGGAUGGUGGGAGGUUGCUGAAGGACGGUUAAGUUGGAAGAGCAGCUUGCUAUUGUAUCUUCAUUAGUGGAAACACCGGUUGAUAGCACCCUGUGGAGAUUCAUCUUACGCGGGAACAGGGAUGCAUGCUGGCGGGCCCGGCCGGGGGAAGUAAUACAUAAUUAU